AUGAAAGCUCAAACACACGAUCUCCCAAACGACUACACUCAGCCUCCAUUGAUGACACCACGUAUCGGACGUCACACAAUGCAGCCUCGCGAUCUCGAACCAACCGCGUCAACACAUCAAUCUGUCGCGCGCGGGACCGCAACUCAACACUCAAUUCCGCUUGUGUCCGCAACAAUGACGAAUCCGAUCCAUCAACCUCAGCAACUGCAACAAAACCUCUACUCAACACUCAAUUCCGCUUGUGUCCGCAACAAUGACGAAUCCGAUCCAUCAACCUCAGCAACUGCACCGGACAAAACCUCUGGCGGCACAUCAAACGAAGGUGUCAAACACACAGGACAUGGAGGAGGCGGAGGCAGUAGGUCAAUGCGGUCUGACGACAAGCUCAACUCCGAUCGAUCCGAUGGACCAACACCAACAUCAACUCGUUCAGCAGCACCAACAUCGGCGUCAGACACUGAAUCCCCAAUCAAGUGCGCCGACACCACACCCGAAACAUCACCUCGUCCAAACAUCUCACUCGAACCAACUCCGACAUCACACAUCGAGGCGCCCACAUACUCAAUCCAACCGUCCGAAACCGCCAAACCAACAUCGGCCGGAACAGAUGCGCUGGUAGGACCAAUGCUCACACUCUGA